UUUCCCAGCCGUCCUUGAACGUCGCAUGACACCGGCCGCUAGCCUAGCCUGCUAAUUUAGCUAAUCUCAUUUAUCGUCUCGCUUGAGAGCACGUCACAUUAGGGAGGAUUACCAGUUUUACUCGCCCAUAUCCUUUAUUUAACGUAACAUCUUGGUGACAUCAAAGAGCGUCGCGUUGAGAAAAUGGCGUCACUUGGCGAGCCUGUACGUCUGGAGAGAGAUAUCAACCGUGCUAUUGAACUGCUUGACAAACUCCAGAGGACAGGGGAGGUUCCUCCUCAAAAGCUGCAGGCCUUGCAGAGGGUCUUGCAGAGUGAAUUCUGCAAUGCUGUCAGAGAAGUUUAUGAGCAUGUGUACGAGACUGUGGACAUUAACAGCAGUCCAGAAGUCAGAGCAAAUGCUACAGCAAAGGCAACCGUGGCAGCUUUCGCAGCGAGUGAGGGACACUCACAUCCACGUGUGGUGGAGCUGCCCAAAACAGAAGAAGGCCUGGGAUUCAACAUAAUGGGUGGAAAGGAACAAAACUCUCCCAUUUACAUCUCACGGAUCAUCCCGGGAGGCAUCGCCGACCGUCACGGUGGCCUAAAGAGAGGUGAUCAGCUGCUGUCUGUCAACGGUGUGAGCGUGGAAGGUGAGCACCACGAGAAAGCUGUUGAACUACUUAAAGCAGCUCAGGGCACAGUGAAGCUGGUAGUGAGGUACACCCCCAAGGUCCUCGAAGAGAUGGAGUCACGUUUUGAGAAAAUGAGGUCGGCGAAGCGUCGGCAGCAGAACAACUAUCCCCAGUAGGGUUGUUUCAUGUCGACGCCAGUUCUUACGGCUCUCCUCCUCCAGCCUUCAGGCCAUCUGUUCUGGUCUCUCUCUUAUAUCUCAAAAACAUUCUAACCCACACGCACACAUAGUUGUAGUUGAUCCACAAAAAGUAGGCUAUAUAUGCUGUAGGUUAUAUAUAUAUAUAUAUAUAUAUAUAUAUAUAUAUAUAUAUAUACACAUAUAUAUGCCAAUAUCUGCAUAUUUUUAAAUAAAUGGCAUGGUUCACUAUGCGGCCAAGGCACACAUCGCCAAACAUUAGCCAUUUCUGUAACCAGGGCAACACAUUCAGGCCAGUAUUUUCUACUACGUCAUGAAAGGCCUACACUAAUAACAUCAGUUCCUUUCAAAAACCUUUGACUUUUUGGUUUUAGAAACUUCCUGCCAGCUGUGUUGUCCAGUAUUACAGCUGUGAUGCGUUUACCUAGUAGUGGAAAGAAACACUUAUUGGCAUAAUGGCUGAAAGGAUUUCAGUUUUGUGGAUGCCAUGUUCAUUUGGCAAUGUUUUUGCUUCACUCAGCUUCAGAUUGUCAGCAAAGCUCACUUACACCUUGUGCAUUACUUUUGGAAAUUGGGAGUUCAACAGUAUUUAAUACAAAAUAUGAAACUCCUAAUGAGAAAAGUUUGCAACUCUCCAACUGCAGGUAACUAAAUGAGUACAAGUGCUUUUUUUCCUGCUUUGUUUCCACUGAUUGUUCAUUAUAGCUCUUUCGGCAUUUAGAGGUAAUAACAGUACUGUACACCUACUUAAAAAGUAAAUGUAAAAUGUAAGAAACAGAUAUUUAAGAAGGCUAACAAAAGCUUUCAGCUGUCUUAUGGUCAGAUGUGUCAUGCUACAACCAACUUAAGUUAGUGAUGAAUGUCUAUUCAUCUGAACAUGAAGGUUCCUGUUUUCAAGCCAAAACGACAUGACUUUGACCAAGCAACAUUCUUACAUUCUCAUGAUCACACAUUGUAUUCAGUCAGUUCAACAUACGCAGAAUAUUAUCACAUUUAUUUACUUAUUUUGUCACACAUGAAUAUUUUAAAUUUGUAAGCGGCUUUGCAAGAAUAAGAAUUGCAUGAAAGCAACCGGCCCAUGUUAUGCAUGACACUGUCCCACUCAGAACUAUUUACGAUUUUGACACUAAGUACUUUAGUCAUCAAGGACAUAAUCGUUUUCUGUGAUGCACUCAUGUGUACAAAUUAAAUGCCUGUAGGUUUUUUUUUUCUCACAUAUUCAGUAAUUGCUUCAUCAUUUUGUAAUGUUGGUAGCUAUGUAUUGUUUCUACCACCAUGUACAUCAAACAUCGUUUCUUGAAUUUCUGAUGGAAAACGAAGGGGAACAAAACAUUUUUUUGUUUGAUCCCCAGCUUUGUUUUCCCAGUGAGGAAAAAUGAUUGUAACAAGUGGAUGUUAUGUUACUCUGAUAUCCCUUUUUAGUGCAAAUAAUCAUGUUUAUUUGGAAAAUUCUUAAAUAUGAAAGUUGGAAUCAAGAAUACAGAAUUGUAGUUAUGGUACAUGCUAAUCUAAUCUAUGCAAAGUAUUUAAAAACAAAUGGAGGAUCAUCAUAAGGAACCUCAAUUGCUGCAAAGUAGUCUGUUUUAUUGUAGAAUGUCAGUCUAGAAUGUGUGCGAAGCCUCCGCAAAGUUGAAUAUGACAUACAUUCAACGAGCACAAUUGAAUACAUUUGAGUAACAAAACGUUUUGAGAAUGUCACAGAGUUCACCUCUACCGUUCAUUUGUUAGCGACAGUCUCCGUAUUGUGUUAGGUGACACACCAUUCCGUGUACAUGUGGUGGAAUAUUGUAUGUUUAGGUUUUUAUUGAUAUUAACACACAGCAGUGUGUUAGAUUACCUGCUCACACACAUUUUGACACUGAAUUUCACUGUCCAUCCUCUGAUGUUGGAAAAACGUGAAUCAACUCUAGCCAUUUUAUGUGAUCUUCAUAUUGGGACGGUCAAGAGUAUUUUUUAUAAUAGCUUUCUUUUGAUAUUUUUCUCAAUUUUUGUAAGUGUUUUUGCUAAGAAAAAAACAAAUAUAGGGGCAAUGUGAGUCUGUGCUGAGUGUGCAGCAAGGCCAUAUUCAGGCAGCAAUUGGAUGUCAGAACUCUACAAACAUACGCUCCCUUCUGAGAUCCCAAACGGUCUUUGUGCUCUGUAAGCUUUUGAUAAUGCUUUGAAAUAUUUUAGUCGUGCUUGUUAACAUUAUUUAUCUGUAGAUUGUGUUAUUUUUAUGUUUUCGUCAUUUACUGGUAUGUGUUUGUGGAAUGUCAACUGUAGUAAUAAAAGUGAAAUCUAAAUAAAAGUUCGUUUCAAUCAUGAA